CUUAUCCACCAUAUCUAUCGUACUCUCACAACUGCACUACUCUCCUCACAUAUCAAAUCCUCUCCACACAAACCUCCACCUCCAUUUCUGAUCUAAUCCAGUAAAGUAACACAGAAAGACAGAAACAACUUAUAUUUGGGAAUUGAACAGACAGAUCGAUCAAGCUAAACCACAAUGGCAGCCUCCUCAGUACAAGCAGCAGCGACACUGCUGAUGCAACCCGCUGUCAAUGCUAAUCAUAAGGUUAGAACUAGAAGCAGCGGCGGCGGCGCUUCUCCUGCCUCCUCCGGCAAAGCCGCCUCCUUUUCCGCCCUCACUUCAUCUCAUCAUAAUAAUCCCCUCAAGGACUUGGCUCAAAGGUGCACUGAUGCUGCCAAGCUUGCUGCUUUUGCACUCGCCACUUCUGCUCUUGUCGUCUCUGGAGCAAAUGCUGAAGGACUUCCGAAACGACUAACAUAUGAUGAGAUUCAGAGCAAGACUUACCAGGAAGUGAAAGGAACUGGAACUGCCAACCAGUGCCCGACCAUUGAAGGAGGGUCUGGAACCUUCUCAUUGAAGCCUGGAAACUAUGUUGCUAGAAAGUUCUGCAUGGAGCCGACAUCGAUCACCGUCAAGGCCAGUAGUGUGGGCAAGAACUCCCAAGCUGACUUCCAAAACACAAAGCUCAUGACCCGCCUGACCUAUACCCUUGACGAGAUGGAAGGACCGUUUGAGAUCUCGCCUGAUGGCACUGUCAAGUUCGAAGAGAAGGACGGGAUCGACUAUGCUGCUGUCACUGUUCAGCUUCCUGGCGGAGAGCGUGUCCCUUUCCUAUUUACAGUCAAGCAGCUCGUGGCCACCGGGAAGCCUGACGACUUCGGCGGUGAUUUUCUAGUGCCAUCAUACAGGGGUUCCACUUUCCUUGAUCCAAAGGGGAGGGGUGGGGCCACUGGUUAUGACAAUGCUGUGGCAUUGCCGGCUGGUGGGAGAGGAGAUGAGGAGGAACUUGAGAAGGAGAACAACAAGAACACUGCAUCUUCAACAGGGAAGAUUAGGAUGAGUGUUAGCCAGAGCAAGCCAGAGACCGGGGAGGUGGUUGGAGUCUUUGAGAGCAUUCAGCCGUCUGACACUGAUUUGGGUGCAAAGGUUCCAAAAGAUGUAAAGAUCCAAGGUGUCUGGUAUGCCCAACUAGUCCAACCAGACUCAUCCAUCUGAUCUUUUCAAUAGAAAUGUACCAAUUUCAUGGCUGAUGCUUUCUUGUAUCUGUUGUAUCAGUACAAUUUUCUUCAAUCCAUCAGAGAAGACUGGAAUGGAGAUUUUCUUGCCUGUAAACCAAAUAUUGCAGUGUUACUCAGUCCUAUCUAUAAUAUAUAAAAACAUUCAAAGUAGUACUAAUUUGCACUGGUUGUUUGGUUCAAGCCUUCAAGGGAGGUUGUGUUUGUGUGUUACCUUGAAUGGUCUCUUUGGAGUACAGGGAGGAGAACAUCCUCCCAUAAUGCAAAACCAAACUUACCCUUCAGGAAACAAUGAAACUUGUGAUUUCUUUGCAAGUAUAUGUGUGGGAAAAAAUGGAAGUUUCAUUUUCUAACUAAUGAAAUGGGCAUUAUUAUAUCAUAAUCUCUC